AUGCGCCUCGGGAGCGUCGGCGCGACGACGCCCUCGCGCGUCGUGACGGCGACGACGACGACGACGACGGCCGCGAGGGUGCGGGUCCCACGCCGCGCGUCGGCGACGCCGCGCGCGGUUGUCGCGCGCCCCUCCGCGAUCGGCACUCUCGCUCGAUCGCGGUCUCAUCUCGCGGCGACCUCGCGGAGGUCCACGCGCACGAGCGCGCCGCCGAGCGCGGUUAUGAUGCUCUCGAAGCAGCGCAGAAGCGCCUCCGCGUCGUCGUCCUCGUCGACGCGUCGCGCUUCCCCCACGACGCUCCUCCCGCCCUCGCGCUCGUGGCUCGAGAACGCCGCGAGCGCGGCCGCGCAGGGAGGAUCGUCGCCGAGCCCCUCGAGCGCGAACCCGCAGCGGCUGCCCGCGCGACGACCGCGGAGGGGGCCGGACGACGACGACGACGACGACGAAGACGACGACGAAGACGCCGUCGACAAAUCGAAAUCGAACGACGACGAGCCGAGCUUCGUGUGGGAUCCCCGCGACGUCGUCGGCGCCUACGGCGCGCUGUUCGCGAUCCUCGCGUGCGGGACCUCGCCGUGGCUCGCGGAGCAGCGGUACGGCUACGUCCCGUACUUCCUCUCGCUCGCGUUCGCGUCCAUAUACCUCGGCGCUCACAGAGGGCUCGCGCGAGAAGACCGCGAGACGUUCUCGCUGAACCAGUCCGCGGCGGCGCCGUUCGCGCUGUCCGCGAGUCUCCUCGGCGUGUACCUGAUCCUGAAGUACACGGACUUCGACCUCGGGACGCUCGUGAGCGCGUACUUCUGGCUCCUCGGGACCGUCGCCGUGGGAAGCAAUCUCGUCUCGCCGAUCGCCGCCGUCGUCGGCGACGACGUCGCGUCCGUCGUCGCGUUCGUCGCGCCCGUCCCCGAGGGCGUCGCCGUGGACGCGGCGACGGGCGAGCCCGUCGUGGAGCUCCCCGUGAGCGUCGCCGCCGCCGUCGCGUGCGCGCUGGGUGUCGCCGCCGCGACCGCGGACGUCGCGUGCGGGCACUCCAACCACACGCUGAACAAUUUCCUCGCGUGCUGCAUCGCGGCGGACUUUUUGUCGCUCCUCGGCGUGGGCUCGUUCGCCGCCGCGGGCGCGCUGCUGACGGGUCUGCUCGCGUACGACGCGUUCUGGGUCUUCGGCAGCGGCGCGAUCUUCGGCGACGGCGGCGCGGACAGCAGCGUGAUGAUGACCGUCGCGACGAGCGAGUCGUUCCAAGGGCCGUUCCGGCUGCUCUUUCCGCGAUUCGACGACGCGUUGAACCCGCCGCCGAUGGACGUCUUCCCCUUCUCGUUGCUCGGUCUCGGCGACAUCGCCGUCCCGGGGCUGCUCGCGUGCAUCGCGCUGCGGUACGACGCGUCGAGGGCGACGGACAUGCGAGGACGCGCGACCGCGGCGGCGGCGGCGUUCAUGGGCGCGUUCGACGACGCGUGGGAGGAGGCGGACGAAGAGGCGGCGGCGGCGGCGGCGGCGCGCGGCGACGGCGACGCGUCGCUCGAAAGGGGGGCUCGGGCGGACGCGCUGGACGAGUCCGUCGCGGAGAGAGCCGCGGCGGCGGCGGAGAGGGCGUUCGACGACGCCGCGGAGGCGUUGGGGGACACCGCGUCCGGGAGGGGGGACGGGGUCGGGGACGGGGACGGCGGCGCGGGGAACGGCACCCCGGGGACGACGAAGAACAUGGUGGUGCCGCGAUCGAUGGGCGGCCGCGCGAUGUUCUCGAGCGUCAUGCGCGGGUACGUCGCCGGGCUCCUGAUCGCGAUCGGCGUGAACGCGUGCACGGGGACGGGGCAGCCCGCGCUCGUGUACCUCGUCCCGUGUGCGCUCGGGAGCUUGGGGUACACCGCGUCGCGGCGCGGCGAGGUGGAGCGUUUGAUGGCGUUUAAGGACGAGCGCAGCAGUUUCUCGGAGAAGCUGUGA